UCUACUGGAAUGACUGACUAUUUGGCAAAAAAUUAUAUUGGGUGCUAUGAYGAUGCUAAUAACGUUGAUGAAAAUAAAACCAAAGAAAAGCAUUUAAUAUUUCAGAUGGGAACAAAUAAUAGCCCUAGACGGUGCAUGAAUCUCUGCAAUACUCAACGAUUUAAAUAUGCUGCUGUUAAGGGUAACGUCUGUGAAUGUAUGRAUUACGAACCAAAUUCUAGUUUAAAAAGUAGUUAUAGUAAUUGUAAUACAUUAUGCACAGAAAAUCCAUCGGAAUAUUGUGGUGGAAGAAGUACAUUUAGUAUUUACAAAACUUUAUAUUUAGAACCUCAAGGGAAAGUGGCUGUGAAUAAAAUUGGAUGCUUCAAAAAUCUUAAAAGACAUCCAUUAAUAAGUGGUUGGGGAAUAAUAUCUUCUAACCUAACUCCUAAACAUUGUGUGUACAGUUGUUAUGCGAGAAGAUUUCCGUAUGCAGCGCUUGUAUCUUCAUUAUGUUUUCAGAUUGAUAAUGUUUUAAAAAUAAAUUUUAAAAAUGUUUUAAGAGAUUAUGAAUUCGUUGUUUACAAUAGUUCUGAAAAAAACUCAUUCGUGAAAAAUAGAGAGCUAGUAAUAAGACCCACAAUUCAAUCAGAUAGUUUUAUCAGGAAUGGUCAUUUAUCAUUGAACGGUUGUACAAAACACAAAGGAUCUGUUGGUUGUGAGAUGGUUGCUUCAUCCUAUAUUAUAAUACCUCCUAUAGUUUCAGCGAGACUUACCACAAAAAAUAAUUUGUUAUUCCUUUAUGGACAAGUGGAAGUUAUUGCUAAAUUAGCAUUAGGAGAUUGGAUAGUUUCAGAAAUAGCGUUAGUUAGUAAAUUAAAUGAAAAAAACAAGUUGGUGUUAGCUAAAUCAUUUGGAAAUACCGAUUUGAAAUGUAACGGAAGCGAUGAAAGUGCAAUUGUCUUAAAAUAUGGAUUGGAAAUUGAUGAGCUAUAUCAUGUAAAAUCGAAAAUGAAGAAAUUAACAUCACAAGAUACUUGGCACAAUGGCUAUCAUUCAUUUAAACUGUCUUGGUCUCCUGAAAAUAUCAUAUUUAAAAUAGACGAAGAGAUUAACCAUUUGGAUACAACGAAUUUACCAUUGGAUUUCAUAUUUGAUUCCGAGUAUUUCUUGUCUAUUGGUGUGUCA